GAGGACGUGGCCGGCGGGGUGCUCGAGGCGCGUGGACACGGCUGUGGACCUGGCGCGCGCCCUAGCAGAGACUCUCACCGGGAGCUGCAGGGAGAAAGUACAGAGCGGUCCCGUCCUCCACCUUCACGGAGCAGCUUACCGAGGGUCUUCGCUGCCCAGACUGGUCUCAUGAUCCUCCUGUUUCCACCUCUGAAGUAGCUGGAAUUCUGGGCAUGAGUCACCUCACCUGGCUGAACCAUGCCUUUUAACCCUCACCACAGUCCUGGUUAAUAGGAAGGGAAGUGCAAGGUGUCAGCCCUUACCAACGUGGACAUACAUGGCGCUGCUGCGAAAAAUCAAUCAAGUGUUGCUGCUCCUUCUGAUCCUGACGCUCUGCGGGAUUCUGUAUAAGAAAGGGCGCAAGGGCGCUGGGCCCGGGCACCAGGCAGAUGAGGUCUCGGAGCCCCCAGAGGACCUGGAAGAUGAGAUCCCCGUGGUAAUCUGUGCUGCAGCUGGGCGGCUGGGCGCCACCAUGGCUGCCAUCAACAGCAUCUACAGCAACACCGAUGCCAACAUCAUGUUCUAUGUGGUCGGGCUCCGGAACACUCUGUCUCGGAUACGGAAAUGGAUCGAACAUUCCAAACUGAGGGAAAUUAACUUUAAAAUUGUGGAAUUCAACCCUACAGUCCUCGAGGGGAAGAUCAGACCAGACUCGUCGAGGCCUGAAUUGCUCCAGCCUCUGAACUUCGUUCGAUUUUAUCUCCCUCUGCUUAUCCACCAACACGAGAAAGUCAUCUAUUUGGACGAUGAUGUCAUUGUGCAAGGUGACAUCCAGGAGCUGUACGACACUACCCUGGCGCUGGGCCAUGCAGCAGCGUUCUCAGACGACUGCGAUCUGCCUGCAGCACAGGACGUCAGCAGGCUCGUGGGGCUGCAGAACACAUACAUGGGCUACCUGGACUACCGGAAGAAGACCAUCAAAGACCUGGGCAUCAGCCCCAGCACCUGCUCCUUCAGCCCCGGCGUGAUGGUCGCCAACAUGACGGAAUGGAAGCAGCAGCGCAUCACCAGGCAGCUGGAGAAGUGGAUGCAGAGGAACAUGGAGGAAAACCUGUACAGCAGCUCCCUGGGGGGCGGCGUGGCUACGUCACCCAUGCUGAUCGUGUUCCACGGGAGACACUCCACCAUCAGCCCCCUGUGGCACAUCCGCCACCUGGGCUGGAGUCCCGAUGCCAGGUAUUCGGAGCAUUUUCUGCAGGAAGCGAAGCUGCUGCACUGGGAUGGGAGACACAAACCCUGGCGCUUCCCCAGCGUGCACGCCGACCUGUGGGAGAGCUGGUUUGUCCCGGACCCUGCAGGGAUAUUCAGACUCAGCCACAACAGAUGAUGUGACCCGGCACUGAAAAGAUUUUCGUAUAAAAAUGUGGAACUGUCCCUUUGGAGCCAGUCCUAACUUGGUUCUUUCGGAACACUGCCUUUUAGAUACAUGAGGCAUUCCCAAGCUGUGUGUCAGAAACAAACCCUACUGUGUGCAAACUGCACCUUGGGCCUAGGCACUCUCUCACUCAUCUAGGCACAGUACAAAUCAAGAUACAGUGUGGAAAUCAAGAUGCUACGGAGAGAAACAGACCCAUCUAGACAGCCACAAUCAAUCUGCUUAACACUGACUGACAGUUAUAUCCAUACAUUUUUAAAAUUUCUGAAUAUAUUUUUCGCAUCCAAGUAUAUUUUUUGAAACAGGUUGCCAAUCUUCUCUUUUAUCAAAAAACUAUUCUUUAAAACAUGGAAGUCUGUAAAAAUAAAACAUUCAUGGAUUUUUA